GGAGUAGUGGCCAUUGGUUGGGAGGAGUACGGAGUAGUGGCCAUUGGUUGGGAUGAGUACAGAGUAGUGGCCAUUGGUCGGGAUGAGUACGGAGUAGUGGCCAUUGGUUGGGAGGAGUACGGAGUAGUGGCCAUUGGUUGGGAGGAGUACGGAGGAGUGGCCAUUGGUUUUAGCAGUUAGUAGAUCAUUAGUGAGGUUUAGUCGGGCAGUUUCAGUGGAGUGUUGGUGAGGUCCAGGGAGGGCUUUUUAAGUAUGGGAGGGAGGGGAAGGCACCAGUAGAGAGGGAAAGAUUGAAGAUGUGAGUGAGGGAGCAUAGGAUGGAAGAGGGUGACCGCAGUAGUUGUGAGGGGACAGGAUCCAGGGGGCAGG